AUGGAACAAAAUCUACCAGUUUUAGCAAAGAAAGUAUGGAGCUUAGUUCGAGUCGUGUACUUCAUGCUACGUAAAGGCAUUUCCAAGAAGAAGUUACUGCUCGACCUCAACAGGAUGAUGAAGUGUGGUAAGAUCGCCGGAAAAGCCUUGCAUAAUCUCAUGUUCCACAACCACCACCACCGCUGGCCGGUGCCUUUCACCACCAACCGCCCUUCAAGUCACCUCUCCAGCCCUUCUCUUCCACCUGGUGAAUAUGAGUUCAGCUGCAGUAACAGCCCUUCUGCUAGUAACAAUGCAUUCUCUCUAUUUUUAUUCAACAAGAAACACCAUUCUAACAAUCACCACGCGGAGGGUCUUGACAUGAUGGCUGUCAAUGCUGCGGUGCUUAAGGCCAUGGAGAUGAUUCACAGUGAGACGGCAUCGCCGGCUCUUCCAGGGUUUGGGAGGAGUCCGAUUGUUAGGCAACUUAGAGUAACCGACUCUCCCUUUCCUUUGAGUAGCGUGCAUGAGGACAACCAGGUUGAUGAGGCGGCGGAGCAGUUCAUAAGUAGGUUUUACAAUGACCUACGGCGGCAAAAUACCAAGGCGUCUUUUGGUUCAUCAUUUAAUUAA